CUCCCAUAUUAGUGCGACAAAGACAGCAUUUCGUUUCGUUUCUCUGCGAAUGAUUGUUUUCUUGGCUAGGCCCCCUGCUAAUUUAAGGAUUAAAUCCAGGUAAAGUGCUGGUUAUCGAAUCAAAUUAAACCUUUUAUUAUGCGAAUAGGCUUCAAAUUCAAAUGCUCUUUCACAUGCCAAUAAAAUAUGUUUUGACAGGGUCACUAUCCACUAGGCCAAACAGAGCCCCUAGUGUACAUUUAUUCAAUUUCGUAAUGUGACAUAUACGUUUGCGUUAAGUCUCAUUUAGUAUGGGAUUUAGAAACAGCGCGCCAAGCGGAACGUUUUGGAAACUCAAAAUCCCUUAACGCAAACGCGUACGUCACGUUACGCCAUCGAAUAAAUUUACACUAGGGGUACGAACAGGUCAUCAGAUUGAACUUUUAAUUUAUAAUCUCCAAAAAUAUAUAAUCUCCAACGCACGUAAAAACUUAACAAGAAUAUGCGAGGUAUUUAACGGAAGUACUCGUAUCUCGAUAGAACAGCGAAAAGUCCAAAAUAAUCUAUACAACUGUUAUUAAAAACUUUUUCUUCACUAACUUUUUAAAGUUAAAAAAGUUUUCCACGAAAAGAACCAUUGGAGCAUUUUUUAAUACCAAAUUGUUUCCUAACACGCUUCGUGUUCGAUAUCCCUAAUGUUAUCGUCAUAAUAUUUUUUACUUUUCUAUUUCAAUUUUAUAUAUUUUACAUGAACACGUGACUUAUCCCGACCAAAACCAUGCUGAGGAUAUUAUUAUUAUUUUAUAUAAUUAUUGCUGUUUCUAAUGGGCAUAAUAAUAAACUAACCAACGAUGCAGAUUUACAGUCGGAGCUCCUACCACAAGAGUUGAACCCAUUCUUUGUACCUGCGGAAGAGUCGCAAAUGCAAUCCAUGCCUUUACCGCUGCGUUUACGUCGGAACUCAGAAGUCGUCACAAUACCGGAAAAUACUACAAUGCAGCAGGUGAAGACGUACACUCGCAUCGUCGCUGGAGUCGUUUUGGUGCUGUCCGCCAUCGUGGAAAUCGUGUCGUACGUUUUGGAGACAUACACCAUAUAAUUUAGAAAUAAAUAUCUUCGUUAUAA